AGUCCAGACAGUGGUAGGGACAACCUGAGUGCUCAGUCAUAAAGAGGAAAGGCAGAAUUUUUCCUUGCUAUGGCUGGAACAAAGGCACUUUUGAUGCUGGAAAACUUCAUAGAUGGAAAAUUUUUACCUUGUAGCUCAUAUAUAGAUUCUUACGACCCAUCAACGGGGGAAGUGUAUUGCAGAGUGCCAAAUAGUGGAAAAGAUGAGAUCGAAGCCGCGGUCAAGGCCGCCAGAGAAGCCUUUCCCGGCUGGUCAUCCCGCAGCCCCCAGGAGCGCUCGCGGGUCCUGAACCAGGUGGCAGAUUUGCUGGAGCAGUCCCUGGAGGAGUUUGCCCAGGCCGAGUCUAAAGACCAAGGGAAAACCUUAGCACUGGCAAGAACCAUGGACAUUCCCCGGUCUGUGCAGAACUUCAGGUUCUUCGCUUCCUCCAUCCUGCACCACACGUCAGAGUGCACGCAGAUGGACCACCUGGGCUGCAUGCACUACACGGUUCGGGCCCCGGUGGGAGUUGCUGGUCUAAUCAGCCCGUGGAAUUUGCCACUCUACUUGCUGACCUGGAAGAUAGCUCCAGCGAUUGCUGCAGGGAACACUGUGGUGGCCAAACCCAGUGAGCUGACUUCAGUGACGGCGUGGAUGUUGUGCACUCUCCUGGAUAAAGCAGGUGUUCCACCAGGUGUGGUCAAUAUUGUGUUUGGAACUGGGCCCAUGGUGGGUGAGGCCCUGGUGUCCCAUCCAGAGGUGCCCCUGAUCUCCUUCACCGGGAGCCAGCCCACCGCCGAGCGGAUCACCCAGCUGAGCGCUCCACACUGCAAGAAGCUCUCCCUGGAGCUGGGCGGCAAGAAUCCGGCCAUCAUCUUCGAGGACGCCAACCUGGAUGAGUGCAUUCCGGCAACCGUCAGGUCCAGCUUUGCCAACCAGGGUGAAAUCUGUCUCUGUACCAGCAGGAUCUUUGUCCAGAAGAGCAUCUAUACUGAAUUUUUAAAGAGAUUUGUAGAAGCUACCAGAAAGUGGAAAGUCGGCAUUCCCUCUGAUCCAUUGGCCAGCAUGGGUGCUCUGAUAAGUAAAGCACAUUUGGAGAAAGUCAGAAGUUACGUCAAGAGAGCCCUUGCUGAAGGUGCCCAGAUUUGGUGCGGGGAGGGGGUGGAUAAGUUGAACCUCCCCGCCAGGAGCCAGGGAGGCUACUUCAUGCUUCCCACGGUGAUAACAGACAUUAAGGAUGAAUCCUGCUGCAUGACGGAAGAGAUAUUUGGUCCAGUGACGUGUGUCGUCCCCUUUGAUAGCGAAGAGGAGGUGAUUGAAAGAGCCAACAACGUUAAGUAUGGGCUGGCAGCUACUGUGUGGUCCAGCAAUGUGGGACGUGUCCACCGGGUGGCUAAGAAGCUGCAGUCUGGCUUGGUCUGGACCAACUGCUGGCUCAUCAGGGAGCUGAACCUUCCUUUCGGGGGGAUGAAGAGUUCUGGAAUAGGUAGAGAAGGAGCCAAGGACUCUUACGACUUCUUCACUGAGAUCAAAACCAUCACCGUUAAACACUGAUCUUUGCUAAUGGUGGAGCCACUAUGGCCGAUGCCUGGCUGCUGGGAUCAGUUGUUCAACGUGUUGGAUGAAAAUCACGGCAUGAAUUCCAGCUAUGCCUUGACUUGGCAGAAGGAUAUCUCUAGCUUAUCCUCAGUUCUUAGUAAUUUUACCCACUAGUGAAGAGAUACUGUCUAUUUUCAAUGUGGACUCGGAAGAAAAGACUUCUAAGUAGGAAGACAGAACAAUGAUGCCAAACAGUUGUCAAGCUCCUCCCAGGUUAUGUUUUUAUAGUGUUUCUUUCAUCAUCUUCAUUGAACUCUUCGGAGUCUCCAGACAAUCAGAUUAUUUCAUUUGCAAGUAUAUGGUAAAUUUUUAAAAAAUCUACAAUCAGGUACAGUGCGUCCUGCCUAUAAUCCCAGCACUUUGGGAGGCCAAGGCAGCGGAUCACUUGAGUUCAGGAGUUCGAGAUCAGCCUAGGCAACAUGGUGAAAUCCUAUCUUUACCAAAAAUUUAAAAAUUAGCUGGGUGUGGUGCCCUCUGCCUAUAGCCCCAGCUACUUGGGAGUCUGAGGUGGGAGGAUCACUUGAGCCCGGGCUGUUGAGGCUGCAGUGAGCCAUGAUCAUGCCACUGCAUUUCAGCCUGUGGGACAGAGUGAGACCUUGUCUUUAAAAUAAAAAAUGCUACAAACCCAAAAAGAAACAAAGAGCCAUAAUUUGCCAUCUUUGGAGAGAUUAUGGAGAUGUUCUCCUUGUCUAUUAACCACUAGCAUGGCUAAUUGAUCUUUGAUUGUACCUCAUUACGUAAGGGGGCAGUGGAUGUCUUUGGAAUUUGUUAGGGGAAGCUUAUGUGGUAAGCUCUACUAAAUGUAUCUCUACAAGGAUGAAGAAAAACAAAAUAACUACCACUUUUGGAGGAAACUUGGAACAAGAAGAGGACAUAGUUUGAUCUAUUCCUAUGGUCAAGUCCAAUCAAUUCUAUUUCUUAGUGUGUGCAUCUAGUGAGGCUUACAACUUACUAACUCCAAAAGAAGCAAUAAAUGUUAAACAAUUUUAGUAACCA